AUGACCAAAGCUGUCUCCCUAGUCGUCUUCCAAUGUUUAAUAUUGUUUCUCUUGGUAAACAUUGCAAUAUGUGUACCAUUUGAUUCGACAUUAGAAAAAAAGUCUGCCAUACCUGACAGAACGAAUGAUGAUUAUGAAGAUUACCCAUUCAGUGUUCGUUAUGAUGAAUAUCCGAUGAUUGUUCCAAAAAAACGCACUGCAUUAUUAGUAAACACACUAAUGGUUGCUUUGAAGGACGCAUUAGAGAAGGAAGAACGGGAAAGGAACAGCAAACUGUUAGAAAAAUUUGGAUCUCUCAAAGGAAAAAUUUAUAACUCUGACGAUAUUCGAUCUAUGGAUCUUCAACGCAGAGGUCAUCAAUCGAUUACAAAUGGACAGGUUAAAGGACAUAAUUAUUGGAGAUGCUACUUUAACGCAGUAACAUGUUUUUAAAAAACAUGAGAUAUAAA